AAACAUACCCCAUUAUAAAAUUUUGCCCUAAUAAUUUUACUUCCAACUCCGUACAUUAAUUUCUCCCUUUUUGGUUUUCUCCUCAUUAUUUCUAUUUCUUUAUUCUAUAUUUCAAUUUUCUCCUCUUGACUGGUAAGACUAUUUUUUAUAAACUGCCAAAUCGAACGGAAAACCGGACGAUUGACGGGUUAGAGAAUAUUGGAACCGAACUGUAACAACCGGAACAGCCGGUUAGAUACCGGAAACCGGCGGUUCGAACCGCUCGGUCCGAACCGGUUGGACAAGUCUAGUUCCUAUGGGUGGCGUCGGUAUACGAAUCGGAGAUGAUAAAUGUACGGUAUAUCCGCCGCCGUGUUGUUUCCUCGUUCUUCUUCCUCAGCGCCGGCGAUCGGCGGUACCCGUCUCCGUCUCUUCCCUGAUUUGUUUCUCUCCGUUUCGUCCAGGCGCUGGUUGAAAUCCUACAAGAAUUCAGCUUUUACACUCCCGCAGCAUAGGGCGAUGGCUUCAAUUUCCGCUGAGGCUGAAGAAAACCGGAAGCCAUGGCUCCUUGUUGGCCUUGGGAACCCCGGGAUACUUUUCAGCGGCACUCGCCACAAUGUAGGGUUUGAGUUGUUGGAUUUCAUAGCUGAAAAGGAAGGGAUAGCUAUGAGAAGUGUCUGCUACAAAUCUUCAUUUGGAGAAGGCUUCAUUAAUGAUAUUCCAGUCAUGCUCGCUGAACCACAGACAUUCAUGAAUGCUGGUGGUGAGUCUGUUGGUGCUAUUGUGUCGCAUUAUAAGAUUCCAUUGGAGCAGGUUCUUGUGAUUUAUGAUAACAUGGACCUGCCUUUCGCGAAGUUGCGACUUUUACCUAAAGGUGGACAUGGAGGGCAUAAUGGGAUGAGGAGCAUUAUAAACCACUUGAAAGGUUCCCGGGAUUUCCCUCGCUUACGUAUAGGCAUCGGAAGACCUCCGGGAAUACUUUUUCCUACAAGCUUUGUUUUGAGGCGCUUUAACAGAGAAGAACGAGAAGAGUUGGACUUCACAUUCCAAAAUGGAUUGGAGGCCGUUCGAAUUCUUGUGAAAGAUGGUUUCAACAAAAGUGCAACCUAUGUAAACAGCGCCAAAACGAUCCAGGUUUUAUAGUUAUCAGUAAUUCUUAAAUUAGUAUAUGUUCGGUAGAUGAUGUUUACCAGCAUUCAUAUGGUGAAAAUUUUAUAUGAACAAGAAAUCCCGUUUAUAAUAUUAAUAGAAGGACAUUUGUACAAGAAAUUCCGUUAUUUUCCUGCAAGCUUGGUAUGUCGAUUUCUUGUUCUACAGUUAUGACGUGGUUAUCAAAUAGAGAAUUAUUUAGUCACAGAUAUUUGUGUGUACGAGGACAUUUUAUUAGCUUCAUACUGAUUUCUAUUGUAGUUAUCUUCAAUUGUAUAUGUUGAAUUCAAAUACUACUUCCUCUGGCU